AUGCCUCUCCUAUUCCUCGAAGCCUUCCCAAGAGAGAUCCGUGACCAAAUAUACACUUAUUGCCUCGCCUCUCGCUCAGGAGCAGUGACUCUAUCUCCAUGGACCAUCGACGUCGCACGCUCUCUCUCCCUCCUCCGAACAUGCAAGCAAGUCCACCGAGAAUGCAAAGACCUCAUCUGGCUGCACAACCGACUCAGUCUUCGCGAACCGACCCAGCUCUCCCAGAAGAUCAGAGGCUUGCUGAAGCACGGCCACGCGCGGCGCAUACGGCUGCUCAAGUUGUCGCUCGAGCUGCUGGAUCGCGACGAGCUGGAAUGGUUUGCGAGUUCGGCGAAGGCUCUGGAGGACUGGUGUCGGUUUGGCAGGUUGGAGUCGAUCACUGUUGUUUCGGAAUGGGAUAAGCCGAGGGAUGUCCGGGAAUUCAAGGAGAUACAGAAUCUGAGGAGGUAUGGCGAGGCUCUGGAUGGAAGGCUGUACAGGGACUCCAGUACCUGGACGAGAAUGGUUAUUAAUACUGGGUGGCCGAGAUUUUGUCAUUGGGGAAAGCAGAGAUGGCUGAGGGAAAUGCUGUUGGAUCCAAGUGGUAUCAAUGAGCUGCUCUUGGAGAUUCAUAAAGCUUUUGGUGGCCAGCUAUACGUGGAUGGACUGCUAUGCUUCAGGAACCAGGAGCAGAUUGCUAAAGACUAUCAUUUUGAUCCGAGGAAUGGCGAGAUACUUAUCGUUCCUGGACCGAUGGUUCAUAGGCAGGCAGUCAAUACGAAAUUUUGA